AUUCCCUCCUUACUGGCGCCAGUAACCAAAUUUUUUAUUCAGAUUCAAAUUUUCAAAAGCCAAACACUCCCACCUCUCUCUAAGCUUUCUCUGAAAUCUCCAUAACAAUGGUUGUACAGCAGAAGGUUAAAGAAACUGAGAUCACCGAGCAGGAUUCUCUUCUUCUGACAAGGAACUUGCUCCGUAUUGCGAUUUUCAACAUUAGUUACAUCAGAGGCCUGUUUCCAGAGAAGUAUUUCAAUGAUAAAUCUGUUCCUGCUUUAGAGAUGAAGAUUAAGAAGUUGAUGCCGCUGGAUCCAGAGUCUCGUAGGCUGAUUGAUUGGAUGGAAAAAGGUGUGUAUGAUGCAUUGCAGAAGAAGUACUUGAAGACUCUUUUAUUCUGCGUGUGCGAGUCCAUAGAAGGCUCGAUGAUUGAGGAAUAUUCAUUUUCCUUCAGUUAUUCUAGUACUGAUAGUCAAGAAGUUUCAAUGAAUAUCAACCGUAGUGGAAACAAGAAAAACGGAGGAACUUUCAAGUAUAACUCCACAACAGAAAUUACCCCCAAUCAAAUGAGGAGUUCUGCUUGUAAAAUGAUCCGUACACUGGUUCAGUUGAUGAGAACUCUGGAUAAGAUGCCUGAAGAGCGUACUAUACUGAUGAAACUCCUCUACUAUGACGAUGUGACUCCAGUAGAUUAUGAGCCUCCAUUCUUCCGGGUGUGCACUGAAGAAGAAGCACAUAACCCCUGGACUAAAAGCCCCCUUAAGAUGGAGGUUGGAAAUGUCAACAGCAAGCAUUUUGUACUUGCUCUCAAGGUGAAGAGUGUGCUUGAUCCUUGUGAGGAUGAAAAUGAUGAUAUGGAAGAAGAUGAAGUAAGCUUAGGAGCUGAGACUGAACAAAAAUCAGACUCUUCUGAUUCUGAUAGUGAGGCUAAUCAAUCUCAAGAAAAUGAAUUCAUAGUCGCACCAGUGGACAAGGAAUGUCCAGAGGAAGACACUGGCAUGGUUGACCAAGAUGACACUCAAGAUCCAGAAGAGGAUGAACAGCAAAUGGUUAGGGUGAAGGAUUGGAUUGCUGGUCACCACCUUAACACUAUAAGUUUUAAUGAUAUCCUCUCCAAUUUCCCAGAUAUUUCAGUGGUCCUGACUGAAGAAAUUAUCGACAAGCUUGUAAAGGAAGGUGUUUUGUCAAAAACUGGAACAGAUAGAUACACCAAGAACAAUCAAAAGAAAUCCGACUUUGAGUUCUCUCUGGUGAAAGAGGAAAUGGAUGGCCAAGCAAUCCCAAAUGGCAACAAAGAUGAUCGCAUGUACAUAAAGGCACUGUACCAUGCUCUUCCAUUGAAGUUUGUGACCGCUACAAAGCUUCAGAGCAAGUUAGAUGGAGAGGCAAAUCAGACAACAGUGCGCAAAUUAGUUGACAGAAUGACUCGAGAUGGUUACCUUGAAGCUAAAGGAAACCGUAGGCUUGGAAAGCGUGUAAUCCAUUCAGCUCAAACCGAGAAAAAGUUUAUGGAAGUAAAGAAAAUCUUGGAAAAUGGUGCUAUGGAUGUUGACAAUAAUAAUUUCCAACAAAUGAAGUCUGACCAAGCAGCACUCCAAAGAGAUACCUCGACAUGUGGUGUCCUCCACUCGAUUGGCUCAGAUCUUACACGCAUGAAGAUCCGAUCCGACAUUAAUAAUAAUGCAUCAAUCAGGAGCGAGCAGACUAUCUCAAAGACAGGCAACACACCUACCAGCAAGGCUGAGCCAGCUGCUUCAAGAGAAAGUUUCGCGGUAGGAAAUGAGAACGGCAGAGCAAUUGCCUGUGGUGAUGCAGAUACAGUUAUCUGCAGCAGAUCCUCUCAAGACAAGAGAACCAGAAAAACAAGCACUGUUAAGGAGCCAAUUAUUCAGUUCAUGAAGCGCCAGAGGUCCGAAGCUAUUUGAAAAACUAACGGAGUUCCACAGUAACUGUAAAUCCUCUGAUUUAAGUAACUUUUCUUUUGAGUCUUAGUUUACAGAAGGUUAGCAUGAGAAAAUGACAGAUUUACCUUUAUAUCUCUUAAGACUACUAAUAUUGGUAAUGGUUUUGCCGUCACAUUCCCAUUCUGAUAGGAUAUAAUCACAUAAUAUGCAAUUUUAUGGUAUGUAGAAAAAAAAUAUUGUAAAUAUAUAGCAGCAAUUAUGCUAGCUUUAGUAAUAUUUGCUUUUAUAUAAUACAUAUCUUAUCUUUAGUA